CAGUUAAGUUCACCACAUUAAUGGACAAAGAGGAAAAAAUUACAUGAUUGUCUCAAUAUCUAUUGUGUUGAAUAUAGUUCGAUACCCAUUUAUAAUGAAAGUCCUUGCAAAUUAAGUUAUUGAGAAGAGCUUCCUCAACCUGAUAGGGGCUGUCCUCUAAAACUCUACAGCAAAAAUCACACUUCAUGGAAAAACUUCCAUUUGAGGCCAGGAACAAGGUAGAGCUGUUCGCAAUCACUGCUACUGGGCGUGACCAAAAGACAAACUAAGAGAAGAUCCACUUCCCAGAUGUGGAACGGGUCGAGUGGGCCAAUAAGAUCAUCUCUCAGAUCUGGCCCUACCUGAGUAUGAUCAUGGAGAACAAGUUCCGGGAGAAACUCGAGCCCAAGAUCCGGGAGAAGAGCAUCCACCUGAAGACCUUCACCUUCACCAAGCUCUACUUUGGACAAAAGUGCCCCAGGGUCAACGGCGUCAAGGCACACACUAACAAGCGCAACCGAAGGCAGGUGGUCCUGGACCUGCAGAUAUGCUACAUCGGGGACUGUGAGAUCAGUGCAGAGCUGCAGAAGAUACAGGCUGGCGUGAACGGGAUCCAGUUGCAGGGCACACUGCGGAUCAUCCUGGAGCCCCUCCUGGUGGACAAGCCCUUCGUGGGAGCCGUGACCGUGUUCUUCCUUCAGAAGCCACACCUGCAGAUCAACUGGACAGGCCUGACCAACCUGCUGGACGCUCCAGGAAUCAACGAGGUGUCAGACAGCCUGCUGGAGGACCUCAUUGCCGCCCACCUGGUGCUGCCCAACCGCGUGACUGUGCCUGUGAAGAAGGGGCUGGAUGUGACCAACCUGCUCUUUCCUCUGCCCUGCGGAGUGAUCAGAGUCCACUUGCUGGAAGCAGAGAAGCUGGCUCAGAAGGACAACUUCCUGGGGAUCCGAGGCAAGUCAGACCCCUACGCCAAGGUGAGCAUUGGCCUACAGCAUUUCCGGAGCAGGACCAUCUACAAGAACCUGAACCCCACCUGGAAUGAGGUAUUUGAGGUAGCACCCACAGCCUAUGAAGUGCUCCAGAAGCUGCGAGCCCCAUGCAGAACACACAGCAGCCGUUGUCCCCUGAGCACCGACCCCCGUCCUCCCCAUCCCGCAGGGGAGGACAUCACUCCCUUCUUACAGUUUAUAGUGUACGAAGUCCCUGGGCAGGACCUGGAGGUGGACCUGUAUGACGAGGAUCCCGAUAGGGACGACUUCCUGGGCAGCCUGCAGAUCUGCCUUGGGGAUGUCAUGACGAACAGAGUGGUGGAUGAGUGGUUUGUCCUGAACGACACAACCAGUGGGCGGCUGCACCUGCAGCUGGAGUGGCUUUCACUGAUCGCCAGCCCGGAAGCUUUCACCCAGGACCAUAGUGGCCUUUCAACUGCCAUCCUCGUGGUUUUCUUGGAGAGUGCCUGCAACCUGCCGAGAAACCCCUUUGACUACCUGAAUGGUGAAUAUCGAGCCAAAAAACUCCCUAGGUUUACCAAGAAUAAAGUGAGCAGAGACCCUUCUUCCUAUGUCAAGCUCUCUGUAGGCAAGAAGACACAAACGAGCAAGACUUGUCCCCACACCAAGGACCCCGUGUGGAGCCAGGUGUUCUCCUUCUUUGUGUAUGACGUGGCAGCCGAGGAGCUGCAUCUGAAGGUGCUUGAUGAUGACCAGGAGUGUGCUCUGGGAGUGCUGGAGUUCCCCCUGUGCCAGAUUCUACCCUAUACAGACCUCACCCUGGAGCAGCGCUUUCAGCUGGACCACUCAGGCCUGGACAGCCUCAUCUCCAUGAGGCUAGUGCUUCGGUUCCUGCGUGUGGAAGAACGAGAGAUGGGGAGCCCAUACACAGGACCUGAAGCCCUAAAGAAAGGUCCUCUGUUCGUUAAGAAGGUGGACACCAACCAGGACCCCAAAACCCCAUCCCAGGGAGGGGGCCCUGAAAAUUUGCCAUGCCCCCCAGACCCUGUUUCUGAUACCAAGGAAGCCUCCAAGAGCACCAUGACAACCACCAGUGCCACUACUGUUGCCACCGAGCCCACACCCCAAGAGACAGGCCCAGAGCCCAAAGGCAAGGACAGUGCCAAAGGGUUCUGUGAGCCCAUGGGGAAGAAGAAGAGUACGGCCACCAUCUUCCUGACUGUCCCAGGCCCACACUCUCCAGGGCCCAUCAAGUCACCCAGACCCAUGAAAUGCCCUGUCUCCCCAUUUGCGUGGCCGCCCAAGAGGCUGACUCCCAGCAUGUCCUCGCUGAACUCCCUGGCCUCCUCCUGCUUUGACCUGACAGAUAUCAGCCUCAACACUGAAGGCGGGGAUCUCCGGCAGCGGAGGCUGGGUGAGAUUCGGCUCACGGUGCGCUAUGUGUGUCUGCGGCGCUGCCUCAGUGUGCUCAUCAGCGGCUGCAGAAACCUGACACCCUGCACCAGCAGUGGAGCUGAUCCCUAUGUCCGUGUGUACUUGCUACCAGAAAGGAGGUGGGCAAGUCGUAAGAAAACCUCAGUGAAAAGGAAGACCCUGGAACCUCUGUUCGAUGAGACAUUUGAAUUUUUUGUUCCCAUGGAAGAAGUAAAGAAGAGGUCACUAGAUGUCGCAGUGAAAAACAGUAGGCCACUUGGCUCACACAGAAGGAAGGAACUGGGAAAAGUACUGAUCGACUUAUCAAAAGAGGAUCUGAUUAUGGGCUUCUCACAUUGGUAUGAGCUGACUCCAGAUGGACAGCCCCGAAGUUGAUGAGCACCCUUACCAGCUUUAUAUUAAAAUGUGUACAUAUGUAUAUUUUGUAAUUUAAAUCAGAACAGCCAUUUGAAAAUAUAUACAUACAUUUUCGUGUGAAAUUUAAGUGCAUGACUGGAUAAUACUAGGAAGAGGUCAACAUAUGCAAAAGCAAGAACUACUCUCUCAGUUGGAUUUAAUUGUUCAAAUCCAAAAAGAAAUGAGGUAUUCGUGCCUAAUAAAUUAUUAGGAAUCUCA